GAUUGUGGCUGUGGUAGGCGGGCUCAAAAACGAGUGGAAGCCAUCUUGAAGGUUUGGAUGAGAAGAAGCCUCUUCGUGCUCUCGGCUACAAUUCGACACAGCUUAAACAAACGAAAUAACCACGAUUUACUUCGCUUAUUUGAGGGUUUGUAUAAAAUCCGACGCAGAGGACGCAGCGGCUCAGUGGAGCUCCCUGAAAUGGUCAGCUUGAACAAGUGGGCCCGUAUUUGAAAAGCCAGCUAAGCCAUCCCCAAGUUUGGGAUUCCAGACACCUGCUGUCAAGACCCACGCUCGCUUACGACCGCCGUUCCGGACUGAAAUCUGUUUAUAAACACUGAAAAGAAGUUCUCGCUUCAUGUCCCAGAGACGGCAAUAUUGUGACGUAUGUGGCAGACUUAAAUAUUUGGACACGUAUCGAAAACAAAGCCCCGACAGGGAAGGACUACGCUUAAUUGUGGAUUAACUCCCCACUCGAGUUUCACCAUUAUUGAACUAAGAAACUAACGAGGAAACAUGAGCACUGCCAGGAUGGAGAACCCAGUUAUCCUGGGCUUGUCAAACCAGAAUGGACAGCUCCGGGGCUCGGUGAAACCGGCUGGCGCUCCGGGCGGUGGCGGGGGAGGCCACCAACAACAGCCGCUAAACCAGAUGAAGGGCACAAUCAACAAUGGCAAUUCCCAGGCAGCCCCAAAUAGUAAUGCUGUCAUCAAGCCUGGAGAUGACUGGAAGAAAAAUUUGAAAUUGCCCCCAAGGGACAUGAGGAUGAGAACUUCGGACGUGACUGCAACAAAAGGCAACGAGUUUGAAGAUUACUGCCUAAAGAGGGAGCUGCUCAUGGGCAUCUUUGAAAUGGGCUGGGAAAAGCCGUCUCCUAUUCAGGAGGAAAGCAUUCCCAUCGCGUUGUCGGGGAGGGAUAUCUUGGCCAGAGCCAAGAAUGGCACGGGGAAGAGUGGAGCCUACCUCAUUCCCUUACUUGAACGCAUUGACCUGAAGAAGGACUACAUACAAGCAUUGGUGAUAGUACCCACCAGAGAACUGACUCUGCAAGUUAGCCAAAUAUGCAUCCAGGUCAGCAAACACAUGGGAGGAGUCAAGGUGAUGGCAACUACGGGUGGGACCAACCUACGCGAUGACAUCAUGAGACUUGAUGAAACAGUUCAUGUGGUCAUUGCCACCCCAGGAAGGAUUUUGGACCUCAUCAAGAAAGGAGUUGCCAAAGUUGGUCAAGUGCAGAUGAUUGUUCUUGAUGAGGCUGACAAACUUCUGUCUCAGGACUUUGUGGUCAUGAUGGAAGAAAUCCUGGGCUUCCUCUCCAAACAGAGACAGAUUUUGCUUUACUCUGCUACCUUCCCCCUCAGCGUGCAAAAGUUUAUGAACUCGCACCUGCAGAAGCCCUAUGAGAUCAACCUCAUGGAGGAGCUCACACUGAAGGGUGUCACGCAGUAUUAUGCUUAUGUCACCGAAAGGCAAAAAGUGCAUUGCCUCAACACUUUAUUCUCCAGACUCCAGAUCAACCAGUCCAUAAUCUUCUGUAACUCCUCUCAAAGAGUGGAGCUUCUCGCCAAGAAGAUCUCCCAGCUCGGCUACUCGUGUUUCUACAUUCAUGCUAAGAUGAGACAGGAACAUCGCAAUCGCGUGUUCCAUGACUUUCGAAACGGUCUCUGUCGGAAUCUCGUCUGCACUGACCUCUUCACAAGAGGAAUAGACAUUCAAGCUGUAAAUGUUGUAAUCAAUUUUGACUUCCCGAAGCUGGGAGAGACAUACCUUCAUCGCAUUGGCAGAUCUGGCCGCUUCGGACAUUUGGGCCUGGCCAUCAACCUGAUCACUUACGACGACCGCUUCAAUCUCAAAGGCAUCGAAGAGCAGCUGGGAACAGAUAUCAAACCCAUCCCCGGCAUCAUUGACAAGAGUUUGUAUGUGGCAGAGUACCACACAGAGAGCGGCGAAGAAGUGAAGCCAUGAGCCAAUACUUUAUCCACCAUUCCCCUUUUGGACCCCCUCACCCAUCCCAGCUUGGAUUUUUUUUUCUUUUUAAUUUGUUUUUGACGCCUUCAUCAGGAAUGUGAACUUUGGAUGCGUUUUGGAAGAACUCAUUUUCCUUCUCACGAGGCUCAAUGCUGCACCGCUGGCACUGAACACAGUGCUGGACCAAGUUGAUGGCAUAUUUUGGAACCCCACCCACCUCCAGCCACCAUUUUCCUUCUCAUUUCGAAACGGUUUCGUAUGAAGUGCCUUAAGAAGAAGCAGCAGCCCAACUCGUCUCGAAGUAAUAACCCUAGUCAUCGAUCAUAACUGCAUUUUUCUCCCAUUUUUGAUUGUCCUGCUGCGCUUCAAGUCUGGCUUAUUAACAUCGCAGGACAAACUUGGAACCCCAUCGACCCCUACUGACAGAAAUUUUUUGUUUUGAUGAAGAAAGCCAGACUAUUCUGAGUUUUUUUUUUUUUUUUCCCCCCUUCCCUAGGUUUGCUUCUAAAAGCUGACAAUUUCGUCCUCAAAAAAAAAAAACUUGGACGACGGUGCAGCCGAUCAACAACUUGAGUCAUCUAAACCAGUGGAGAUUUUUUUUCCCAUUCACAACCCUUGCUCACCUUCCUACGGAUGGCUGGACCUCUAUGAACCUGUGUAUAUACCUUCAUUUUAAGAUUUUUUUAGACAAGUUAACGAGAAGGCUAGCUGACAACACAAAACCCAGUCUUCCCCACACACAUACUUGUCGGCACUGGAGACUGAUUACUGCCUGUUGGCCUGGGAGUUUAUUUAUAAUUUUUACGAAUGCCAGAAUGGUUUCGAAUUUCCAACAAAAGACCCCAAUUGUCAAAGUGUCACUCAAAAUUCGCCAGUCUGUUACACGGACACACGAGGACCGAGAAGAACGCAGAUUUCAAUGAUGUCGUGUGGAAAAAGCAAAGUGGCUCAUCUUGCCUGGAAAGAAAAAAAUAAAUGUAGCAUGAAGUCCCUCUCUGCACGACCAGACUUCUUAAAAAAUAAAGUGAGAACCUAUCGCAGUCUGGCACUUAAAACGUUGAGUUCAGACAAUGACAAGGACGUCUUUUUGUACCUGCCACUCUAAUGCUAAGAAGUUUGUGGAGAAGACUUCUAAAAAUUUGAAAAAAUUCAUGAAGACACGUAGGGGAAAUGGCUUACUCGGAUGAUGAAAUGACUCGGACUGCAAAUUCAGACUGAGCCACUGGCUUGUUUCUCUGCCCCCAUUUUUUGUUUGUGUGUGUGUGUGUGUGUGGGGUUUGGUUAUACGUCCUCAAAAAAAAAACCCAAUUUUGCACAAAAGCUCUACGGAGCUUUUUUGGAAAGUUGUGGUUCCCUUUUGCAGCGAGAUGCUUGUACAGCCGUUCUGAUUGUUUUCAAAUGUCAACUAAUGUCCUCAUUUUGUCAGAACGGCCAUCCCCCGCUCGCUCGUGUCUCACGUUGGCCCCUGAAUAGUUGAUAGAUCAUCCAAUUAGGCGAAUUUGGCAUGGACGGGAGGGAGGGAUUUUAUGUUUAAAGGAAAUAUCAGUCAAAAUUAUAGCGAGCGAGCCGGGGAUCCAAACUUUGCAGACACUAGGCAGCCGUCUGCGUCCUGGCGGUCUGUCGGCGGUACGCUAGGGUGUUUUUGUUUGAAGGUCCAACUGGAUCAGCGGCUGUGGUUAAGCUGGUUUGACGCCUACCGCCGACGACCGCCAUGCCGAGAACCUUGGAGACUGAGACAAUAGCAUCUUGCAAAACGCUUUAAUUGGAUUUAUUCAUCAAAUUGCCUCAUUCUUUAAGGUCGUUUUAAAUUUUUGGGGGGGUAUCAAUUGGCUUGUUUGCUGCCCUGAUGCACACGGAUCCUCCGUGAUAGCGGUGACAGAUUCAAAACGUAACCGGCUUUUUGUCUUAAUUGGGCUUCAGAAUGUCAAAUUCUGUCGGGGAGGAUGCUGCUGAUGCAUCAGUUGAACUUGGGGUGCGCCUAAUCUUCAUGGAAAUGGAGAUGUGGGGGGGAGAUCAUGAAAAAUAAGUUGCCCUUAAUUUUUGUUUUUGCCCAAAGAAAGAUGUACUAUUCUAAUGUACUCAAGGAAAUUUUAAGUUCAACUUUUAUUUUCAUGGAAAUUUGGUCAUUGAAACAAUUGGCAGAAAUUUCAGUGAAGCUAAUUUUAUGAAGUUCAAAACAAAAGAAAAUGUCAAUAAUAUUGGGCUUGAAGAUUGAAAGUUUUGUUCAAAAUAAAGCUCACUGAAUUUACUUUUUGGUCUGUUUUUCUGACGUUACCUUGAAUGGAGUCCUCAAGAGAAAAUGGUAAACCCAAUUGUUAGAUUAAUUUGUCGUAAUUUCAUAUUUUUGUUCCAAGAAGUUGUAUCUUAUGUCAAAAAACCUUUUAUGUUCAACUACUUAUCAGAAUGAAACUGAACAAUUUAGGUGUUGCACACGAAUUUAUAAUUUUUAUCUAG